CUGGGUUCGGCUGGCCUCGGGUAUUCGGGGGGAAUUUAUGUCACGGGCAGACGAGGCUCAGGCGAGGAUGACUACAUCAAAAACACAGAUGAGAACACUGGCUCAGAUGAAACUGUCGACACCACCAAGGACCCGUGCCAGAAUGUGAAAUGCAGCCGACAUAAGGUGUGUGUCGCUCAGGGCUACCAAAGGGCCACGUGUGUCAAUCGCAAGAAACUGGAGCACAGAGUCAAGCAGUCAGGGCAGCAAGAGCUCCACGAAAGCACCUGCAAGCCUUGUCCUGUGGCCGCCUCCUCCCCUGUCUGCGGUUCUGAUGGGCACAACUACGCCUCAGAGUGUAAGCUGGAGCAGCAGGGUUGCCUCACAGGCAAAGACCUGAGGAUCAUGUGCACUGGAUUUUGCCCCUGCGCAACAGAUAUUGCGAGAAAUAGUGAUAUAAAACGCGAGAGCUGCACUGGCCAGGACCUGGCAGACCUGGGUGACCGUCUGAGGGACUGGUUCCAGCUCCUUCAUGCAAAUGCCAAGCAGAACAACUCUGGCAAGCCUGGAGCAGGCACUGCUUCAGUGCUGGACAAAAGCCUGGUGGCUAGCUGCAAGGACUCCAUCGGCUGGAUGUUCUCCAAACUGGACACCAACAGCGACCUGUAUCUGGACCAGGCUGAGCUGGCUGCCAUCAACCUGGACAAGUAUGAGGUCUGCAUCCGGCCCUUCUUCAAUUCCUGUGACAGCUACAAGGACGGGAAGGUCUCCACGGCGGAGUGGUGCCUCUGCUUCUGGAGGGAAAAGCCACCUUGCCUCGCUGAACUGGAGAGGAUCCAAGUGCAGGAGGCUGCCAAGAAGAAACCCGGGAUGUAUAUUCCAAGCUGCGAUGAGGACGGCUACUACAGGAAAGUGCAGUGUGACCCGAGCCAGGGCGAGUGCUGGUGCGUCGAUCAGCAUGGAGGAGAGAUGAUGGGCUCCAGAAUCCAUGGCAACCCAGACUGCGAUGAAGUCGCGGGGUAUUCUGGAGAUUUCGGGAGCGGAGUGGGCUGGGAAGACGAAGAGGAGAAGGAGGCAGAGGACAAUGGAGAGGAAGCAGAGGAGGAGGAAGAGGAGGAGAGCGAGGCAGAUGAUGGAGGAUACAUCUGGUAGAACGUCGGAACCCGCACGGAGAGCACAAUAGCUGGCCUGAAAAUCAACAGUUAUGCCUCUCCGCUUAAAGGAAAAGCUUUUGGGAUCCGACAGAGAGCUGCCCGGGUGGAGUGUGUGGUGCCGGGCAGGUCCAGUGACGAGAUUAUCAGCUGUUUUUCUUUUCUUUGUCUUAAAUACAUGUAAUUGCUUCAUUCUACUCUGUUCUUUUCAGCAACAGAGUUUUAUGUAUUUCUGUCCUGAAAAAGGGGAAGCCACUGAUUCUUGUGCCAUAGGUAGCUACAGUCCAUUGAAACGCCUAUCUUGUCUUUCCGCCAUCUAUGCAUAUAGAGAUUAAAAGUACUUUUGUAUUGUGAGAACAGUCGCUUGAGUGUUAGAGCUGCCGUCCCACGGGAAAGACUAGAGAUCAGACGUAAAAACAAACAGUUUGACACUUUGGGAGAUAAGCUUAUUUGUUUUCUUGGAUCGGGUUAGAUAGCUGAUAACAGUCUUGGAUACAAAGGUUGGAGAUUGAAAGCUUAACUAAAGAUUUUAGAAGGGCAAACAUUUGCUUUUUGCUUUGUGCCAAGAGGUCAAACAUUGCCCCUUUAUUUUGAAGCUUUGGGGAGAAAACCUGCUACUCUUAAGAUUUAUUAUCCGCCAGACUAUGCAGAAAGGACUUGCACCAGGCCCGGUAAACAAAAACUCUUUGAAUAUUGUACAUGAGAGGAUUUUUUUUUUUACAUCUGAAUAGAAUAUGUUCUGGUAACACCUAGUGCUAUAGGAAACUCUUUCAAAGCAACCCAGGUGUUUUAUUUUUCUUCUUUCUGUUGUCACUAAUUAAUGCAGAUAGGCGAGCUGACACCCCCUCCUCUCAGUGUUUAAAUGUCAGAAAACGGUGCGACAUCUACACACAUACAUCUGAAUAUGGUGUUCUAAAUUACGGCGUUACAUAACAGUUUUUUUUUUUUAUCUGGCUCUGAUGAGCAAGUUCACUGCUUUAUUUGACUCUGGCCACUCUCAUAAACCCAUAUGAAGUAUAACAAGAGGACCAUCUCCCCAAUGCCAAACACAAAGCAGCUUAAAGCAGUCAAAGAGCCAGAUAAUUCCUUUAGCUGUCAGAAGAGACCAUAUCAAAACUAGUAGAGUUAAUUAAAGUGGAUUUUCAUUCAGGAGAACGUUAAGCUAAAACAUAAAUAAGCAUAUUUGCUCAACUGUCAAACUGUUCUUUUAAAGCAGUUCAGUGGUUAUGUUUUUUUUCUUCUUCAAAUGAAUUCUGUAUAUAGAUCCAGCCUAAAAGAACUUGUAAUGCAAGCAUAGAGCUUUUAAAGGUUAGUCUGGUUUCAGGCUACCUUUAUGAUUGACCACAGCUCAUAGUAGUUUAAAGGUUGUACAUGUAAUCUUGAUAAAGUGGACACACACAGCUUCACGGGUCCUAGAUUUUUAAAUGAAAGGACCCAAACUCCACCCCAGCUAGAAGCUGCUGUGUGUCCCCUGCUAACUCUAAUAUCAGAGAAUGUGCCACAACUUCUUUGUUCUUUCUCAGAUUACAACUUGAAAUACUGUAUUUUGUGUUUUUUUAUUAAUUGUGCAAAUUCAUCUCAGCUCUGUGUGUUUACUUGAAUUCUCAAUUUCCUUUCUUUUUUUCUAUUGAAAUAUUGCUGCCGUGUCUUCAUUCAUGCUAUUGAUAGGCGAGCCGUUUGUUUGGUUUUAGUAUUGCAUGUUAGUAAGUAAGAAUGUACUCAAGCUGAGCACUUUACUAAUAAAGGCACUGGAGCCAAA